CACUUUUUUUUUCUUUAUUCCAAAUGGGCGCACACAAAAAGACUGUCGACAAGAAACUCGCGCUCAAGCGCAAACUACAGACCACCAAGCGCACUGCGCACGUAGGCAAAACCACACAUGACGAGCUCAAGGCCCGGCGGAAACAGAUGAAGCAUUUGAAAGCCGCCCUUGCGCCCUCCUACGCCUCCACAAAGCACAGCCGGCCGCCGCGACAAGAUAAAGAUCUGUCCGAGCGCCUGCGCGGAACUGCGCCUAUACCGACCAACGCACAGCUUCUAAACAAGGCAAAGGAGGAGCGCGAGGCCAUGGCGCUGGCAUACGAGAACCAGCAGAAGGCACUGAAUACAACUGUCGAUGAGCUAGCACAGUUAAUGAGUAAAUAAACACUG